UUUGGCGCGCGGGACCAUCAGACCAGCUUUUGAAACAACGCAGCCGUUGUCGAGUACCACACGCUGGAAGAGGGGCCUCCCAGCUGUCGGCCGAUGACAAAACCGAAGGGCAGCAACAAGCCCACCGGUGGUGUCGGUGGACGCGAGACGAAGGCGAGAAAGAGAGCCAAGACGGCAGCGGCGAGAGAUGCUUUGACCCUGGACAGACGCAGCGCUAAGCUUGAGCAAGAGCGUGCAGCGCUCGCGUCGGAGAUGGCGCAGAGAGAGCAAGCGCUCAGAGCGAAGGGGCAAGCGCUUAGAGCGAAGGAGGCGGCUUUCGCCAACAAGGAGGAGGCAGCGGCGCGUGCCGCUGCGCAGCGGGAAAAGCGUGAGCAGGAAGAGGUUGAGCGCGUCGAAGCGGCAGCUGCUGCUGCGGCGGAGAAGGUGGCUCAGGACCUGGGACUACAUGGACACAUCUGUGCACGAGGUCGCUAUGAGAACGAGGCAGUGUUGCAGGUCGCCCGCACUUUCAAGAUCGGCCACGACAAGGAGAGGAAGACGGCAAAGGAGGAUCAUGGGCGACGCCGCCUCACCGAAGUCCAAGCAGAUCAACUUCGCGAGUUCAUCAACGACGAGCACAAGCCCGGUCGUCAAGUCUUUCGCCGCACGGUGGCAGAAUGGAUGCACAGGACUUGCAACAUGGAGCAGCCAUCCAACCGUUCGGUAGGAGGGCUGCUGAGUAGGCUUGGCUACAAGCGUCGUAGAGGCAGGAUCAAAACGCCGCCGUUGAACGCCGAAAGACUUGUUGAGAUGGACAUGGCAAAGAGGGCAGAGAAUGCUGGGUUAGCAGUGAUCGUGUACACGGACGAGAGUUUUGUCCACCAGGCUCAUGGUUCCCCGUAUUCUUACUUUCCUUCGGACGAGAAUGGAGUUGUGCAGGAUGGGAUUGGUCGCAAAACACGGAAGGGCUUGCGCAUGAGCAUGGUGCAUGCAAUCACCAAGUGGGGGGCGUUGGCUAAGUUUUGUGAUGGGUUUCCGAUCGAAGAGGGUUGGUUCAAGGAAACUGGUAGCGGCAAGAACACAAUGGGAGAUGAGGAGACAGCAGAGUUUCUGUGGCAGGCUAAGUUGGCAAAGGGAGAUUUCCACGCAGCAAUGACAGACUCGAUGUUCAUGGAAAGGCUUGAACACCGCCUUAGUCCAGCGUGCAACGCGAUCCCUGAGUUCCAAGGCAAGCAGAUGAUCCUUGUUCUUGACAACGCCUCAUACCACCAUGGAUUUGACGCGGAAGGAAUAGGCAACCUCAAUCAGCCGGACGGGUACGAUACAGAUGAUGUGUCGCCCGUGGGUCAUGUCGAGAAAAGGGUAGGGGAGCAGAUCCAGCAGGAAAGUGCAGAAUGGGGUGAUGGCAGCGACGAGGUUGAACCAUGA